AGAAAAUGCACUUUCCGCGGAAAAUUAAAUUGUUGCUGGUAGAUGUUUGACGAUCUCGAGAGAUACGGAAGUACAUGGACAUAGACUAUUUGUACUGCAAUAACAGCCAUAAAGCUGAUUAAUAUUCCCCUGUGAUGUCCCUUACAACUCCACAAUUGGUACAAAAGCUGCCCCAAUCCUGGUGGGGCCUGUUUGGUGCCAUGAGGCUGGACCAUCAUCAUGGUGAUGCUCCCGAGAUAUGGUAUCAAGCUGAGGCUAAAUCAGAGUAUGGUGGCCAUCCAGUCUGGGAUGAGCUUUUGGAAGGUCUACUUGUGAAAGAGCCUGUUUGUGAUGGAGCUGACCUAAUAUUUAAGUCAAGGUUUGUACAGCUUCCUAGUGAUAUACAGUGUCAGUUUCUUCGAUUUGCUCUGCGACAUCGACAGGAAAUACCUCUAAAUGGAUUGUCAGACUUCUGUGAAGAUGCCCAACGUUACUAUGGGGCCUCAGAAUCAUGGCAAGCUGUUCUUCUGAAUACGUUAGCCACUUACAAUAAGGUAAAACAACAGGAGAGUGACAAUCAACUACAUGUAUAUGAGACUCGAUACACAUUUACCAGUAGAAAUCAAACUCUGGCUACAUCUUUUUGUGAGAGGCUGAAAAAAUCAACCCAGCAGUGUUCCUGGAAAAAAAUUGCUGUGAAGAAAUUACCAGAUAGAACAGCACAGAAAAUGGAAACCUGUGAAGACCCUCACCAGACAGACACACCCCUCUCACCUGGCCAGGUAUCCUCUCCAAUGGUCCCAGGUGUAGACAUGGCUUUACCUUCAGAUGUGAUCACCAUCCUCAGUGAUGAGGAGUCUACUGAGGAGAUGAUGGAUAUUACAGAGACUAGUUCUAGUCUAACAAAAGAUAGCAGUAUAAAAGAGGAGCUAAUUUGUAGAGACAGCAAUAUUGAUCCUGCACUGCUGAGUAAAGGUGAGAAGCUGAGGGAGAGUUGGCAAAGUGGGACUGAGACACCGCCGGAGAUUGAUCUAUUCCUUAUAGCUACACCUGACCAGAUAAAAGCUGUGGCUAUUGAAUUAAAGUUUUCUUCCUUGACUGAUAGUGAAGUUCUCACAGCAUGCCAGAGUUUGACCUCUUUGGCCAAUAUUCUUAGCGAAGCUUCCAGUGCCCAGUUUAUGUCCAGUGUUGUUCACCCUAAGAUUGCUGAUUUGAAGCAGAGUGCAUCUCGGCAACUUCUGGGAGUUAUUUCCCUUGCAGCAGAACACUUUCCCAAGGGUUUGAUAGAGGGAGUGUUUGUAAGGUGUUUGGAGCAAGGCCUAGGUCAAGCCCAGACAGAUAUUUUCUGUAAAGUCAUCAAGACAGGUCUUCAGGAUUCAGCACGAUUACAGAUGAUACAAAAGUUGACUGAGUGUACCAAAUGUCUAGACGAAAGUAUUGUCGCCAUUUAUCAAACCCUCAUAGAUACAAAGGUGGAACUUUCCGAGUACUUUAUGACUAAUAUGGUGAACACAUUUCACAGCAAUUCCAGCGGCCUUGAAAAGAAUCCUAAGUAUGGCAAACUGUUACUAGCUGUUGUCAACAAAUAUGGGCACCAGUUCACUAGUGGGAACAUUGAUGUCAUGGAAAAGGAAGUACAAAAGAAUGGAACUUUCCUGAAAAAGGCUCUAAGUGCCGCUCUGAACAAACUAAGGAAGUGAUGUGGAGAUUCAGUAUAAAGGAGACAUGUGUACAUAAUGUCGUUAAAACACUAAUUGGAUGACAUUACAGAUAAUGGUUGAAAACCCCAGCAGUGUAUAGAGGUGCAGUCCGAUAAAAUCGGCUUCAACAUGUGCUUGUUGGUUUUCUUGGAAAACUAUUGAACUUUUAUGAAUUAGACUAACGAAAUGUAGACUAUGGAAAAUAUAAUUAUAUAUUAAGAAGAUAAUAUUGACUUUUCUACCUGACGUUCUGACUUUGAGGAUAUCUUUUGGUCAAACACUUUGUAAAAUGUUUUGUUUUUGACGAUAAGAACAUUUCUCUUUGAAAAGCAAAUAAGCAAGUCAUACGUUGAAAAAGAAUCGAUAACCCUUUAUUUGUCAAUAAUCAGGAAGAGGAAACCUAUUCUGUAGAAUUGAAGACCCUAGACAGUAACUUCUUUAAUAAUGAAACAGACUUCAGACAAGCAAGUGUAUAGGAUUUGAUGUAAGUAUCAAAUAAGGUUACUGAAUUACCUGGUUUAUUGUCAUGUAUGCCUGUUUGUACUCACGUUUACAUGUGAUUGGUAGGUUAUUUGCCAGCAAAUUUCGUUCUUAAUUUAUUACACACGCAAUAAAGAAUUGAAUGGUUUUGUAAAACUGGAACAAAAUCCUCCAUUUUAA